AGGAAGCCAUUUUGGUGUCAGGGUGACAUGUCUGCUGUUCCGGGCCGUUCUGCUCUCCAGCUUUGUUGCUCUCAACGGUUUGGCUGAUCUGAGCAGGCCGACCUGACGUUUGCGAGUCUUUAGCACAGGUUUUUCUCAGGAGGACGAGGUGAAGGUCCGAGUCUGUCGAAGCGGUGUCUUCAUUUCACUGCUGUGUGAAAGUGGUUUGACGUCUGCCACACAGACUUUCUGAACGCCAGGGAGUGGCGAGGAGGCUGCAGGAUGAGCUCGGACCGUCCAUCCAGGUCGGAGGUGAUGGGCUGGGGCCCCCAGCAGCUGGCAGACUACCUGAAGAGGAGGAAUUUACCCGGCUGUGACAAAGUAGUGCUGAAAAAUUCCAUCAGCGGCGCCAGAUUCGUGAAUCUGACUGACAGUGACCUCCAGAAGUUCCCCAAACUCCAAGCUCCGAUGAUCUCUAAGCUCAGCAACGAAAUCAGCAAGAACGAGGGGAAGAGAGGCCUGUUUGGUAAAAAAACAACCCCUGUGUUUCAGGAAGCAGGUUACUGCUCCACAGACACCAGUGCUGAGGCCCAGGGCUGGAGCGACAAUGAAUUUGAAGAUGACGAUGAUUAUGAAAGUCCGUACAGUGACGAAAAGGAUGGCAGUGACAACUACGAGUCCCCGAAUGAAGACUUAUCCAAUGAAUAUGAACCCCCACCUUCCGGACAUAUGGAUGAUGGGGCUACCAAAAUUUUCCCAACGCCACCCAUAGGGGAAGGGGAUUAUAUUGAUAAGAGAGAUAACCACUCAUCUAACAGGAAUGGACCUCCAGCUUUGAGUCCCCGCCCUCCAGCUUCCACUCUGCCUUUGCCAUCAACCCGAGAUCAUUCAGAAUCCUCUUUUCGGCGAGAACCCUCCCCCCACUGUGUGGGACGAGCGCCAGGAAAAUUUCCUCCUGAGCCGCCGCAGAUUUGUCGCAGAAGCAAACCUGGCAGAGAUCCAGGACCAAACUCCUCAACCACCAGAGAAGCUCAGAACAACGCUCCAGACAGGUCUGGCGGCCACUCCUGGAGGUGCGUGCACACACACACACACCAAACACAAAAAGAAGACUCGUGA